AAUAACUUGAAUUACAGACUUUACAUGUAUUCAUUUCUACCUUUGUAGACAAAAUGACUUCUAUAAGAAACCUGGCCCAGGCUGCAAUCAUUUUAUGUGCCAUGUGCUUUUUUACAACCUCUGAUGGAAGACCAAUGGUGAGAAGGUCUGUGAGUGAGAUGCAGUUGAUGCAUAACCUGGGCGAGCAUCGGCACACGGUGGAGAGGCAGGACUGGCUGCAGAUGAAGCUGCAGGACGUGCACAGUGCCCUGGAGGACGCUCGCACCCAGAGGCCUCGGAGCAAGGACGACCUUGUGCUGGGCCGGAGGCUGCUCCCGGAGCACCUGCGGGCAGCAGUGCAGAAGAAAUCCGUGGAUCUGGACAAGGCUUACAUGGAUGUUCUCUUUAAAACAAAGCCGUAGUGAGGGCAGCCAGAGCGUUGUGUCUGUCCACGUGAGCACAUGUCUGUGUAGCAUUGAUCAAGUAGGGCAUUUCAUUCGUAUUUAUUCCAGCUGCAGUAAGGAUUAAAGGCUCUGUUCAAGGCUGUAGCCCCUCUGAGUGAGACAUUUCACAACCAAAUUAUAGAAUGUAUUUACAGUCUACCCAGGACCACUG